AACUGAUGCAGUAAUUCGGUUAAACUUAAGUCCCACACGCGUGAAUUUCCUGUGCUCUGCGUUGCGCAAGUCAACAACGAUCACCGCCAAUGGCUGGAACAAAUGCUGUAAAUGAUUCAAGACGAUGCCUUUUCUUCUUCCUCUAUGAUAGUUCAAAGGUGCAAGAGGAAGGAGACCAGACAAGAGAUGGCAUAUACUACUUCUAUCCUGAAGAUACACCAGCAGACCAUCAGGAUCUCCUCUGCGGACAGCUGGCCGGUGUGUGUCGUUGUGUGUCUGAGCUGUCCACAUCUCCUGUACGCCUGCUGCGUCUGCGCAAGAGCAAAUAUGCAGUUCGCAUGAAGGAUAAGUUUAUUUGGGCUUUAAGCUGUGUGGGAGACAUUCCAGAUGUGAGCGUAUGUGACUUUUUAGAUCAGCUGAUCAAUCUAUUCUGUUUUUAUAAUGGACCGGUGCGUCAAAGCUACCAGUUAAACAGUAAGGUGGAGUUAGCAUCAAGAUGGGCCAAAUACCUCUGUCACCUGCAGGGCGGCUCCACUGAGCUGCACAAUAUCUUUAGCUGCUUGAAGACUGUUGAUUCUUUGAAUAUUGAUCCUCUGCUGCUGUUGAAAGCUGCGCUUAUUCUACAGGCAUGUCAGCGAUGCCCUCUCGUGUUAGCAGGUUGUAUCCUGUACAGGGGCAGGGUGGUGAGUACUCAGAUGCCUCCUGCCCUGACAGUGAAGGUGAUGGUGUACGAGACAGAAACUUACAGCCAGGACCACAGGGUGACAGCCAAUGGCCUGAGCUCAACUGUGGCCACACCCCACUCAGUCACAGUUACUGCACAGGUGUUUCUGACGACUACUGAACUGCAGAUGCUGCGCGGCUCCCCAGUGGAUAGAGCAUGCAGGUACAUCCAAAAAAAGUCUCAUUGCGCUCAACCUCCAUGCCAAUCUAGAAAGUCCCGCCUCCUGUCACGCACUUUAUCUGACAUCCGGACCAUAGAUACAGAUUCACCAAACCUAGAACCCACCCAGUGUCCCUCAAUCUCCGAUCAGACGACGUCAUCCUCUCCCCGCUCCUCUCUUUCCGAUGAUAUGUGUUUCAGUCCCUCCCCCUCGGUGCUAAACACCCCCCUUCACUCCAGCCUUAUGAACCAAUCAGAAUAUUUCACUCCAGAGUCACAUGACCACAACACGCCGAAUGGCACAAACUCGUCCAAGGAACAAUGUAUAACAGAAAGUUUAAAUAGAAAUGAUAAAAGCGAUAUAGAUGAGAAUCUGGAGACAGGAAGUUUACACUCAUGGACCAAAAUUAAAAGUGAAGUUGUACAUUUAGAUCAGGAUCUUGAUGCCAAAGCACUCAAAAAUGGUUAUCAGUUGCAGUCGAAUUGUCUUGAAAACCAUUUAGACGUCUCUUACCAUGACAAUCAGAUUGACAUGACCGAAGGACAGCGAUUGGACGCUCCCAAUCAUGUGACCAAUAGAAACAAAGAAUUCCACGGAGAUACAGAGAAAGAGGCAAGAGAAAACAGUGAGCAAGUAGAAAAGUCAAAACAAAGGCUUAAGGAAAAUGAAUCCCCAUUACACGAGACCCUUACAGACCCUUCUCUGGUGCGCACAAUAUUGUACCAGCAUAGAGUCAGAGGUCUUGUCCUUGCACUUUUGGUGGAGCCGGAAUUCAUCACGGAUGCCACCGCCAGGGAGGAAGUGUAUAACAGCAGUAUGGCAUCUCUGAAUGGGCUUGAAGCUCAUCUGAGGAAUACCUCACCCCCCUGGACCCCCAGCCCCCCUGGACCCUACACCUUCGCCCACUAUGACUGCAUUCAAAACACACUUACUACUAAUGUAUGUGGGCGCUCCGCUGGACCCCAGGAUCGUGCAUUUGUGAGGGCCACAGCACUGCUCCAUUCUCAUUUUUCAGAAACAGACACUCUACAAGAGGCCAUUGUCAGGAGUGCUAGUUCGGCAGUGUAUGGGACCCGUAGCGCUGCCCAGGAAACGUAUUUCCUCCAGCAAGGAACACCAGUCAGAAACUCUGGAAGUCCUGAUGCCCAGGACAGCGCUUUCUUUCUGCCCAAAAAAGCUCGCCAACGGUUGCUUAAACAUGGAGUUAACCUGCUCUAACUGAAGUCCGCAUACUGAUCUUCACACUGUAUUAAUGUAUCUCAUACUGCUCAGAAUGUGAUUAAAGGAAUACUGCACCCAAACUGAUUUUUUUACUUACCGACCAUGUCAUUCCAAAGCAGUAUGAUUUUCUUCUGUGGAACCAAAUAGCUGUGUCCCAAAUCGAAGGCUGCGACGUACAGUAUAUAUGCUUAGAACACAUUCUUAUAACGAAUAAAAGCUGUGCCAAUUCAAAGGCUGCUUAAAAUGAAGCCUCAAAAUGUGUCCUUUAUCCUGCUAAGGAUAGAACAAAUGGAUCCUUUAUAGCCGAGGCUAUCCCGAGAUUCAUUGCACGCCUGUAACGGCUGAAUAUAACGGCUGGAUAUGUUAAAAUAUACAUUUAAACAUUUGU